ACUCUCACAUUAUUAUAUUCCAUAUUCAGUUUCGGUGUUAAGCCAUGGCUGCCACUGGAAAGAUUGAGGUAGAAGUAGAGGUGAAGUCUAAUGCAGACAAGUUCUGGCAAACCCUUAGGGAUUCCUCCUCCAUUUUCCCUAAGGCACUUUCACAUGACUAUAAGAGCAUUGAAGUUAUUGAGGGUGAUGGCAAAGCCCCUGGUUCUGUGCGCCACAUUUUUUAUGGUGAAGGUUCUCCUAUAGUGAAGGAAUCAAAGGAGAAGAUUGAAGCACUUGAUGAUGCAAAGAAGACAGUGACAUACAGUGUCAUUGAUGGUGACCUCCUCAAAUACUUCAAGCACUUCAAGGGACACAUCAGUGUGACACCAAAGGGAGAAGGCAGCCUUGUGAAGUGGUCAUCUGAGUAUGAGAAGGCAAGUGAAGAGAUCGCUGACCCACAUGUCAUUAAGGAUUUUGCAGCCAAGAACUUCCAGGAGGUUGAUGACUAUAUUCAGAAGGCAAAAUAGAGAAAGCUCUGAAAUGAAUCUCAAGUGCCAAUCAUAAUCAUAUAUCAGAUUACAUGUUUAAAUAAUGAAAGAUACUUUUAACAGUAUCAUUUCCCAUCAAUCAGUCAAUAUAUCAUAUAAAACUUCGAUGAUUUCUACUGUUCUGGUUUAGUUUCAAUUUGCAUGAUCCAAGAAUGCCAUAGCCUUGUGCUAUGCUUUUCUGUUGCCAUAUCUAUCAGUUGUUCUCUUUUGUUAGUCAUGAUUCUACUAUUGAUCAAUUUGAGUUUGAGAAUAUAAAGAGUAUUGGCAUAUAUCUGAGAA